UAAUCCAAACGCAUUCGCUUAGUUACAAAGAAACAAAACCACCGCGUACAUCUCCUCAAUUUUCUUCCCUUAUAUAGCCUCUGAUUUCUUUUCGGUUUAACAAAUCAUUCCUUCCCUUUCAUCAAUCAAAUCCUUUUGAUCUAGUUUAACCAUGUCGAGCAGACCGGAAGACCAGCUUUCUCCCCGGGAGUCUUAUCCUCCCACCACAACCGUCCCCGACAUUCACGCCUCGCAACCGCCGCCGCCGCCGCCUCCGCCGUCGGAGGAGGACGCCAAGAAAUGGGGGACCCACAUAAUGGGAACUCCCGCAGCUCCGAACGUCCACCCGGAUAACCAGAAAGCUGCUCUAUGGAAAGCCGCUGACCACCAGCAAAUCCCGCAGCAACCGCUCGAAACACAACAGCAACAACAGCCGUACGUUCAGUACUCUCCGAUCAACAAGCCGACCAACAACCCCUUCGAGCCGGUGAUCAACCUCUUCAACUCGUGGGGAAACAAGGCCGAGACCAUCGCCCGGAACAUCUGGCACAACCUCAAAACAGGGCCCUCUGUUUCCGAGGCCGCCUGGGGAAAAGUGAACUUGACGGCCAAGGCGAUCACGGAAGGCGGGUUUGAGUCUCUGUUUAAGCAGAUUUUCGCUACUGAUCCCAACGAGAGGUUGAAGAAGACUUUCGCUUGCUAUCUUUCGACUUCCACCGGACCUGUGGCCGGGACUCUGUAUCUGUCGACGGCAAGAAUCGGUUUUUGCAGCGACCGGCCGUUGACUUUUACUGCUCCGUCUGGACAAUCAACUUGGAGCUACUACAAGGUGAUGAUUCCUAUGACGAAUGUAGGCAGAGUGAACCCUGUGGUGAUUACGGAGACCCCGACGCCGGAGAAGUACCUUCAGAUUGUCACCACCGAUGGACAUGAUUUCUGGUUUAUGGGGUUUGUUAACUUCGAGAAAGCUUCGCAUCACGUGCUAGACAGUGUGUCGAAUUUCAGAGCAGUUGGGACCAAUGAAGUGCAACCUGUUGUUGUUUAGAAGAUGAGGUUUCGUUUUGAAUCGUCCUAUCUUGGUUUCAAGGUCCGAGUUCAAUAGGUUUGCUUUGAUUUUUGUGAUACAAAUAUUGUACUAUAAUAGUCACGUUUAUCUGAUUCCUGUAAUUCUUAUAUCCUCUGCUUCCCUGUAUUUUAUUUAGUUAUAUACACAUUCCAUGCAUGUUUUAAUUGAAAAUUUUAGUUCAAUAUAUAUAGUGAAUAUCCGCAAGAUACAAGAUUCAA